AAUUAUCUUUGGAAGGUAGCAAAUCUGCCAGCAGAAGUCCAGAAGCUUGGAGUAUCGAGAUGUCUUGUCCUCUGCACCCGAGCGCAGACCGCAGAUGCCCAAAAGUUGAUGGACCUGCUGGUAUUGGAGGAGGAAGAACGAUUGGUCUGGGCAAAGCAGUCUCAUUCAAGACUGACAUGCCCCAUAUCUGCAUUCCCACUACUUAUGCUGGGAGUGAGAUAACUUCGAUCCUUGGACAAACUGUGGACGACCGCAAGACCACCCAGUCGCAUCCGGAUAUCAAGCUAGAUGUGGUCAUCUACGAUGUUGACUUGACCAUGACGCUGCCUGUCGGUCUGAGUAUGACGAGCAGCAUCGAUGCAAUCGCGCAUGCAGUAGAAGCUUUGUACGCUCCUGACACGAGUCCCAUCAUUCAACUUCUGGCCGUAGAUGGAGUUCGACGCUUGGUGAAAGCCCUGCCAAACAUCAAGAAGGUAACUUACAAGUUAGUUACCUAUGGG